AUGACUCGUCAGGCUGAGCAGACACUGAAGAGUACUGGAACUCCUAUUACUCCAGAUAAGCUGUUUCUGACAAUGUUAGCUGUUCUUUCCUGUUCCUCUGGGGUAAGUGCAGAAUAUGUUUAUUGGGCAUACAUACCCAACCCACCACUUCUCUCCAUAGUGGAUUGGGUAGAUAAAGCCCCUAUGAUCUUUACUAAUGAUAGCAUGCAUUUUCCAAGUCCCUGGUCCUUAAAGCAACCAAUUCAUAAAGAAGAUGAGGGAAAGCCAAUUAACAUUUCCAUGGAAUUCAAAACCUUGCCUAUCUGUUUCGGAUCUCACCCCCUUUGCAUGACUAUCUUCCCACAGUGGUGGGCAUACUCUGCCAACAAUGGGACUGCUUUGCAUCUGGGAAUGUUUGCUACGGCAUCUUUCUUACUUAAUGGCCCUGAGCGACAUUAUCCAGGCCAGAUAGCCAACUAUUCGAACUCACUUUUUCAACCAGAGGAACCUUCAUGUCAUACUGUAUCUUGGAGAAGAAAACAGGAGAUGCAACUGUUACAUUGGUCUGAUUGUCGAGGCCAAUUUGAGAAAGUUUCUCUAGUACAGCAAAAUCAUACUAAUCAUACAUUUAAAUUUGUUGACUGGGGACCUCACGGGUUGUUUGUAAACUGUUCUGAAGAGCAGGAGGAACAUCAUAACUGCUCCUGGUUUAAUAGAUCAAGCAUUGGAGGUUUUCAUAAAUCUAAGACAAGUUUCUGGACUAAUAAGGACAUAUUGCUGAAUUGGUAUAACGGGGGCUUAUCACCCCCACGACCCAGGAUUGUCGUCCCCAUUGUGGGGCCAGAGCAAUGGCACAUUUGGAAAAUUCCAGCAGCCUUACAGCACUUCGCUAGUGUUUAUGGGACUGUUUCGUCCUUCUAAUUAUCCUUCCUAUACAAUAGUACUGGCUAUAUUGAAUCACGUGUUCACCUUCUGUAUUUGUUUAUUGUAGGGCAUUUUGAUAUUGACUUAUCGACCAAGAUUGUCAAUUGUACUGCAUGUGCAUUGUAUACCUGCCUUAAUCACACCAUUUCAUAUCACAAUGCUAGCAUUGCACUAGUUAAACAAAGAUCUGAGUUAUGGCUUCCCGCAAACUUAACUGAGCCUUGGACUGAUUCUGUAUUUCUUUCUGUAUUAUUGAAAACUGGACUUAGGCAAUCUAAACGCAUCAUUGGGUGGAUUGGCGGCAUCUUAAGCCUUAUCUCCAUUGUGACUGUAGAAACUUUGUCCGGUAUGGCUUUACAUAAUUCUAUACAAAAUCAUGAUUUUAUCACUGCUUGGCACAAAGACUCUCACGAUCCUUGGACUCAACAAGCUCAAAUAGAUCAGCAAUUACAAACACGAAUUAAUGAGUUACAAACUGUGGUUAUCCACUUAGGAGAUCAACUGCAGCAACUGACUUUCCAAGCACGUAUACAUUGCCACUGGAAUUUUACUUCUUUUUGUCUGACUAACAUGCCCUAUAAUAGCACUGAAUAUCCUUGGGAUAAAGUUAAAGCACAUUUGCAGGAUCUCACAAAUAACUCAAGUUUAGACAUCAAUUUGUUGAAACAACAAGUUGCUAAUUUUCAAGUUAAGGUACCUAAGGAAUUGUACAGCACUCAAUUUUAUGAUACUUUAACUAAAACCCUAUCGUCUCUAGACCCUAGAACUUGGUUUUUAGGAAGCAACAUUUUUAUAUAUGUAUUAAAUACCCUGCUUUCUGUCAUUGCUUAUAGAAUAUAGAUGUCCCUACUUAGGACUCCAUGCCUCCCACAACAGAGUCUAACUAGCAGCUGCUGUGCUUAA